AUGAAGCGGCCUGACCACGGACAACUUCCACGAGAGCUGGAAAAGGCCAUCCAAGGUGAUGGCGUCCCCAGUCUUCUCGACAGCAGUAAUGCUCAAGCGGCACUGAUCCGAGGAAUUCGCUUGCACUACGACUUCGCCAUGAGUGAACCAGUUAAACGCCUUGCCUCCUCAAUGCCUAAAGUUGCAAGAGCCCGCAACGCUCGCCGCAUCAUGAGCGAUGAUAUACCGGAACGCAUGGCAGCAGAAGAGCAGCCAUAUUGUAUUUGGCACCCCGACAUCGCAACUGAGGAAACCUACCGCUCACUAGCUUCUAAACACCCUGAUAUGAAAUAUCAAGUUGGUCGUGCCUGUGCUGCUGCAGGCUACCAUUCUCUUUGGAAAGAACUCGAUCUACUACCCGAAGUUACUCAUGCUGAAGAGGCACGGGAGAGUGGAACAGAUGGCGGCAAACUUAUCUAUGAAGAGAUUAUGGAGUUUAAAUAUCGCUACGCUAUUAUGGACGACUGCAAUCGGACUAUCGAGCUAUGGGAUUACAAAUGCCCAGCGUAUCUAAACGGUGAUACCGAAGUGCGAUGGAAAUUGGCAGCGAGGAAGGGUAUCGGAAGCUGGGUGCCUGACCUCCAACCUUGUAUCGAAGAGGACAAACAUAUUGGCCUCAAGGAUGAGGACGUUGAGGAACAACACAGCAUACUCACCCAAGACGAGGUGGAACUUCUUUAUAGUCCUUUACCUGAGGAUUUGCCAACUGUCAAGAAAACAUUGUUGAUACAGAUGGCUGCCCACGAUGGGAACGUCGAUCGCUAUGCUCGGCUUAUGAAUUCUGGAAGGACCUUGACAGAACUGGAUCAGGACUGCAUUAUCCGUGGUAUCUUACAUCACACCAUGUUUGCUCGUUGGUGGGCAAGCCAGAUCAAGAACAACACCCUAUAUGCCCGGGCUUCUCCAACAUGGGAGUUCCAACAAGCAAUAUUGGCUCGUCGCAUUAUGCUCAACGACUUGCAGCUAUUGGAGGAAAAGGAUAUCUGGGAAAGGAAGCCCUCCAUCAUCUGGUGGCCCUUGAAGCCAGACGACAACUAUCUUUACGAGCUUGUCGAAAGACACCCUGAGAUGAAGAAAGAGAUCGCAGCUGCAGCGAUUGCCUGCGACUAUGUUGGUAUAUAUAAAAAGUGCAACCCAGAACCAAGUUAUGACCUCUGGAUUGUCGCCUCUGAAAUCUCUCGCAACCCAUGGUUCCGCGAGGAUCAAGAGAGGCGUGGAAGAGAGAAGGAUGUCGAAGUUGAGUAUGGCGGGCGGGACGAUGUUGCGUACGCUGAAUUAGCCAAGACGAUGGAGGCGACGAUAAUCGAUGAGUUCGAUGAGCAUAAAACAUGUCGAGACGGUAUCCAGAAACGCACGAUACCUAGAAGAGAAGAUUGGGAGCAGAUCUUUGAUACAAAUCUCGUACAGCGCAAGGUCUGGGACGGGAUUGGGAAAGUAUCGCAAGAUGAUCGUUUUGUACGUUAG